UGUUUGGAAGAGCACGUGACUCUCCUCUGCGGAAAUCAUGGCUGCGCCCUGUGCCGCUCAAUGCUUUUACAGAACAGGUGGUUCAAGGCUGCUACAGAGAGUAGCACAGCUGCCCAGCUGCCAUAGAAGCUUAUUUGCUGCCCUCCAAUACCCACCUCACCGAAGUUUCUUCUGGAAGAAAUCAAACAGUUCUCACAGUGUGGUCCGGCCCGCUGUAGUGCGCCCCUCUUAUGCUGUACCCAAGCACAUCCAGAAGCCGGACUAUGUGUCAUCCAGCAAGGUGCCUGAGUGGCCAGAUUACAUCGAGAUUAAAGAUGAGGAGCAGAUCCAGGGAUUGAAACGAGCUUGUCAACUAGCCAGACACAUACUGCUCCUGGCAGGAAAGAGCUUGAAGGUUGGUAUGACGACAGAUGAAAUAGACUUUAUAGUCCAUCGGGAAGCCGUUCGUCACAAUGCCUACCCGUCUCCUUUACAUUACGGGGGCUUUCCGAAGUCAGUCUGUACCUCUGUUAACAAUGUAGUAUGCCAUGGCAUUCCAGACAGUCGGCCAUUGCAGGAUGGAGAUAUCAUCAAUAUAGAUGUCACAGUUUAUUUAGAAGGUUACCACGGAGACACCUCAGAAACAUUUCUGAUUGGCUCAGUGAAUGAACAGGGCAGAAAGUUAGUGGAUGUGGCUCGACGGUGCAGAGAUCAGGCCAUCGCCGCCUGUGGACCAGGUCAACCUCUGUGCAUCAUUGGCAACACUAUCAGCAAAGUAGCAAAUUCAAAUGGAUUCUGUGUGUGUCCAUAUUUUAUCGGUCAUGGGAUCGGAACAUAUUUCCAUGGUUAUCCAGAGAUAUGGCAUCAUGCCAAUGACAAUGACCUACAGAUGGAAGAGGGCAUGUCCUUCACUAUAGAACCCAUUCUUAUGGAAGGAUCCUCAGAAUUCAAGAUCCUGAAGGACAAGUGGACUGCUGUAUCUGUCGAUGACAAAAGAUCGGCCCAGUUUGAACACACGGUUGUAAUCACCAGCGAUGGUGUAGAGAUUCUGACAAAACUACCAGAUGAAGAUUGACCAGACAAGAAUUAUGGGACAUCUUGAAGUGUGACCUGUGAGAUGGAUCUGCGUUUUUAAAAUAACAGAAUCUGUUAUUUAAAUAAACGUUUCUUAACAUUUA